GCAGAUCUUCAGGACAUUUCUCGAGAUUGCACCAACAAGGUCCCCACCACUCACAAACAUGGCGGCACAGACACCCACCACAAAUGGCGAGCAGAGUGCUGAAUACAAGGCGCUGUGGGCAAACAAAUACCGUGGGGCCACAGUAGAGGACCUCGACCCACCGCCUGCGCUCUCCGUCAGCCCUACCGACCCAAUCUCAUGGGCACUUAUGAGCGGCCUUGAGCGCGACUACACGCACUUGACUGUGGUGUCGAAUGAGAACCGCGCCCUGCUCGGGUACAUCAGCAUCCCGCGCCUACAAGAGCUGCUCAAGGAGCGCAAAGUGGGCGAGAACGACCCGGUCCAAGCAGCUAUGCACAAGUUUCAGCGCCGUGGGAGGCGGUACAAGGUCAUCGACAUGGAGACGCCACUUGAGGAGCUCGAGGAGUUCUUCAAGGGUGGAGUGGACGGCAGUGGGAAGCAGGAGUUUGCAGUCGUCACAGAUGCAAGCCGCAAAUUCGUCCUGGGUGUUGCGACGACAGAUGAUUUGGAUAAGUUCCUGAAGACGAGGGCAUGAAGGAAUAAGGGAAGGGCGGAUACACACAAAGAGUCGAGAAGGGAAUCAAAAUGGCCUGCAUUGCUCGGCGUUUGCUUGUAAUACCACAUGGGAAGAGGUGUUUUGGAGGAGGAGUGAUUCACAAUUCCCUCUGCGGACUGGGCUGCAACACGCGCAUCAAGUUUGAGCACCUGUAGCAGGAUGAGAGGUAAUCUUGAAAGGACCUAGCGGUUCGCCUAUGUAGAUCCUAGAUGUCAAUCACGAUCGAAAUGAGAUCGACAACUUGGAGUUCGCAGUUUAGAUCCUUCACCGCAUGCUGGACAUCUUACACGAACAACCCUGCUCACCACGAC